AUGUCUUACCCUUUUUCUGCUCCAAAUUUCGACUUCACGGCCGACGAUGAUAUGGAUCUAUCCUUUUAUAAUUUACACGACACCAUGCGAUCAUUACGCGCCAAGCCAAAGCCUCGCAAGCAACACGUCGAGCUGAAGGGCGACUUGUUCAAGGCUUUCCAGGGCAUCAGUGCUCCCGGGACGUUUGCUGCCUGGGAGGCGCUUCCGACUACUCCACCUGCCGGGCUCCAUGUUGAUGGCGUUGGACAGAUCAGCUUGCCUCUAGACGAGGGACAGAUUCGAAGACUUAUCCAAAAAUCACACCAGGCUCCAUAUGGUCGUAGAAGCGAGACCCUCGUCGAUUUGUCUGUCCGAAACACAUGGGAAAUCAACGGAGAUCAGUUGUUAUUCCUCAACCCUUCAUGGCAAUCUUAUCUGCUCGAUCUAAGCAAGACCGUCGCGAACCGUCUGGGCAUCAAUGCGCCAAUCAGAGUCGAGCUGUACAAAAUGCUUAUAUAUGAAAGAGGGGCCAUGUUCAAGCCACACACCGACACCGAGAAGACUCCGGGGAUGUUCGGGACUCUGAUAAUCUGCUUGCCAUCAGCUCACACAGGCGGUGAAGUGGUCGCGAGACACAAUGGCGAAUCGAUGAUUUUGAAAACCUCAGACGCAAUCCAGUCAUUUGCCUGCUGGUACUCGGACGUUUCUCAUGAGGUUCUACCCGUCCACUCUGGCUAUCGAUGCGUCUUGACUUAUAACCUGGCAACCUGGCCGGAUCAGCCCCGCCCAGCAGCAAGCACACGCGACUCGCAGGUGUUUCCACUCCGAGAAACGCUUCAACGCUGGAUUGCAGAAUCCGCCAACAGUAACGCGACCGACACGCCCAGUCACCUUUAUCAUGCCCUCGACCACGAAUACACCGAAGCUUCGAUUUCCUUCGCAGCUCUCAAGGCCAAAGACGCGGCGCGCGUACAGGCAUUGAAAAAUCUUACGAGCGAACUACCUUUCGAAAUCUUUCUGGCAUUAUUGGAAAAGAAAGAGAUGGGAGACGUUGAGCAUGACUGGAGCCGAGGUGGCUACGACGGGUGGGGCCGAUACCAUGAAGAUUUUGAACCCGAGUGUGAUGACGACAAGCCUCCAACCAACGCUAAACAUAAAAUUACCGACGUGUUCGAGACUGAAUAUAAUGUGGGGUCACUCUGCACACUCGAUGGCGACACCCUUGCCAGUGAUUACAACUUUGACUCGAGUUUCUGUCUGGUGGAUGAUCCCUUCGAGGAAAUGGGAGUGGACCAGGAAGAAUAUGAACCUUACAUGGGCAAUUCGGGUCCUUCUGCCACCCAUUGGUAUCGCCGUUCAGCUCUAGUUAUUGUUCCACGUCAAAGACUAGGCGAGUUUCUGGCGGAAUCCGUAUCAUCGGAAUCAAACCUGACCUCUGCCCUCAGCUACCUCAAACAAGUUCUUCCCCGCCCUGAAGAUCAGAUACCACUGCUGGAUGCGAUGGCCGCACUCUAUCAAUCAAUGCCCAGCAAAUUCAUGUUUCAAGACACAAUCACCGAUACCCUCCAGACUGCCCUGUGUGCUAACCACCGCAAGCUGUUUGAAUCUGUUGGGGCUCGCCACGGAGGUAUGCUACCGGUCGAUUUUUUUGACUGGGCAAAGGGAUGGCUCGACACACUUCCAGCUCAAGACCGAGCUGAAAAGUAUCAAGCAUGGAUUCCAUUACUCAUCCAAGGUUAUCCAUUGGUGACUAGUCGCAUCACCAUCAUUGCAAAGCUGUUCCCAAAUCCAACUGGCCACGCAGCUCUCCCAGAUCCAGCACUCACCAACUUUAACACCUGGGCGCGAGAUCAGAUGCAUCAAUGUAUCAAACUCUUCAUCCAGAACACUCAGAACCCCACUGUUUCAGACAUUGAUGUGAUCAUGUCUGCCCUCGCUUAUCUCGAUGAAGCAACUAGAUCUGCCUUUCUCAAGUCGAUUUUCGACCACUUUACACAAGCACAUGCAACAGCAUUCCUACUCGCCUUGCUCUCUCGGCUCAAGGCUCAUGCAGUAGCAGGAUAUCCACAAAAUUCCGCGGCCAUGGAGCUCUACAGAAACCUUAGUUUGCGUGUGUUCAACAGUCGGAGGAGGCUCUCCGAGCUGAUCACCCCAACCAAAACCAGCUGGUCACAUAGGACCGACUUCCUGGUCACUCAACAGGAUCUGAUUCAAUUCGCCUGCGAUCUUAACGACAUGAACACUGAUGGGGCAAGCUUACUUCAAACAUUUAUCGAAGAAAUCAACUCGCAGUGCUCGACUUUCUUGAUCGACGACCUGCGCGAGUUCUGGAUGCCGUUCCUUUAUCAACUCAUCCCGACUCUGGUCUCUCGAUCCAUCCCACUUAACACCCCUGCAUGCCAGCAGCUCACUUCCCAAUUUAUCAAGCACCUGGACGAGAAAACCCUUGGCCCGUGCCCUCAUGCACCCGCAGGCGCGCUUCCGCAGAACCCGCAAGUGAGCUGUCCAUGCAUGGACUGUGAUGAGCUCAACAAAUUCCUGCGAUCAACCACCCAACGUGUGGCUCGGUUCCGCAAAGCAAAAGCCAAACGGACCCACUUGGAGCAACAGAUCACGCGUGCUCGACUCCCUUGCACUCACGAAACUGAACGCGGCGGGAAUCCUUUGACGUUGGUCGUCAUGAAACGUUACAUCGUUCAAGACCAACUCGACAAAUGGAAGAAACAGCAAAAGAAACUCUAUGUUGGAUUGGUUAAGAGCUUCCAACCCAAGCAGCUCCAAAGCCUACUUGGUGACCAAGAAGCUUCCCGCAUCCAAGCAUUGGCAGGACUCUAG